AUGGGUCGCUUCUCAGCGGUUGCGCCGGCGACAAUACGUGUUCAAAUCGUCCCUGUCGGCAGCAUUGAGACAGUGCGCUUUCAACAGAUACGAAAAGCCCUGAAUGCAAAUGCGUCCAUUCUUAGGCUAGGUGAUAUUGAUAGUGCAGAGGAGGAGCACAGUAUACUGUCGCCGAAGCAGUAUCACAAUGGCAGCCUUCUCCUUUCUUAUAACACUUCUCCGUGCAGCGAGCAGGAACAGCAACUAUCGCCCUUUGAGCACUUCCGCGAGACUCUUCUAGUCCUCGGUAUAGCAGAUGGGCUCAGUAAAGAGCAGGAGGAUCAGGGGAAAGAGCUUGUCCAAGCAGUGGAGCAUCUCCGAGAACACCACCCGCGAGUGAUACAUCGCCAUGUGCUUGUUCUGCCAACUGCAGAGGGCUCGAUGGCUACGGCCAUGGACAAUGUCACCCGGGUGGCCAAAGCUGGGGAUGAGGAGGGGGGACUAGCCCUUAAAGAUGCCAUGGGUGAUGUUGCGGCACGUUUCCUGACUAAUUUCUCAAUCUACGCCAAGGCUACGCAAGCUUCUCCUACUAUUGCGACACCAGGACAGAGCGCAAGAGCAUCGCAGCGCACUGAAUCCAUACGGAGCAACGAUAGCAGACCUCUCUCCGGCUCCGGUUCAGCUACACCAACAGCGACAGAGCCUACCGAGAUAUCCAGUCCCAUUGGCAGCGACGACGCUUCCGCCUCAGCGCGACCGCCACCACGCAAUAUUGGCUCGCCGCCACCACCGCCAACAUCAUUCGAUAUGAUCCGCGGUGCCAACAGCAGUAUCAGCGCUCUCGCAAGAUCUGACAGUCGAACUAGCAAGCAGGGAGGUAGAGCAGACAGCCAAGAACGCGUCGCGACACCUACGAUGUCGGCCAACAAGGUGAGAGACCUCAAGAAAGCCAAAGUCGGCAUCGUCCUCGGCCAGAUAUAUAUGAUGGCUGGACAGUGGGCCGAAGCGCUUCGCAUACUCUCCGAGAACACCACCACUGUACGCAAACUUUUGGACAACGCAUGGCACGCAAAAGGCCUGGAGGCGAUGAUGGUGUGCAUGCUUCUCAUGGCACACUUUGGCCUCGAAUUCGUCAUCCCAGCCCUCUGCUCCCCAUACUCGGACCGCAGUCCUACGCACCUCGCUGCUUCAAUCCCAGGCCUUCUCAAGACGAUCCUGCACCUUUUCGAUAGUAUGGAGGGCGAUAUGCUACCGUUUGCCGUAGCGGCCGAAACAAGAAUACGCUUCUGUGGCCUGCUAGCCAUCCUAUAUGCCGCCAAUCUCGAGUUGGACAAGAACAGCCUUCACGCCAUAGUCUACGAUAUCUCCAACGCCGUGUCCGGGACAACAGCUAUUGUGGCACCCGCGAGUGGUAUGAACAAAGUUGAUGUUGCUGAGAUGCUUGUUGCCGCUCGUCCUACUGAGGAGCAGACGAUUCUUCCUGCGGAGCAUAUAACGCUCUUGUCCGGCAUAUAUGCCGUCCUGUCCAAUCUGGGAUUCCAGCGUAAGAAGGUUUUCGUAUUGAAAGAGAUCAUCGAAAACCUCACGAAAGCGCUCAACCAGGCUCGUAGACUUGGCGCAGCAGAGGCUGGCAUCCAUCCAGCUACCAGCCUGACCACAGACCAGACGAUUUUUGACGGCAUACUGGGUCCUGCAGCCGGAAGUGACCAUCUAGACGAUAUAAUCGGCGUCAUCGCCAGUACAUACGGCAUUGAGUUGUCCACGACGGAGGGCCGAAAGGUCACCGGCUGUGGCAACGAUCUGCUCAAGCUGAAAGUACUCGAGACGAUUGCCGAGUACUGCGAGGCCUCGACGGAUCUCCGCGGCGUGAUAAUGGCAACGGCAAGCAUCCUGUCCGCCAGCACAUCAACAGGAGCCACAGGAUCUGAGAAUGGUCCGUCUACUAUCGCCCUCUCCCGCGAUGAACAAGUCAUUCUCUCAAGCACACUGUCUCGUUCAACCGCCUUCCUGAAGCAACUCGACCUAUCACAAUCCGAAGCACAUUUCUGGGAUGAUUUCCUCGUACGCGGCGUCGUCUUCAAUCCUCCGGACAGUGCUCACGCCCUCCUCCCACUCUCAGCGGCAGACACGACCUCCUCCGGCAAUACACCGCAAGGCCGGAAUCCGCUCCUCUACGAUCCGAAUGCCAGACGAAGCCUUAUAGCGGGCCGCUCCAAACAAAUUUUCGUGAUUCGCGAGCCACAAGAGUUGUAUUUGAAGCUCCAGAAUACCCUACAAAUACCCAUCGUUGUCGAGUUCGUGGAAGUGGCCGUUACUGGCCCCGAGAACAUGAAGCUUGAGACCUUACGCUUCAAUGCUACGGCAAUAGAACCGAUGCGUGUACAGAAGCUUGCUCUCAUGGUUUGGCCCUCCAUAGCUGGCGACUUCAUCAUUGUAGGCUGUCAUAUUAAAAUCGCCAGGUGUCAGAAACGUUACUUCGACAUCUACGAGCAGCCGUGGACUCCAGAACUGAACAAUGAAGUCAAGGAGCAAGGCGUUGCUGCUCUCGCUCCGAACACUCCUGCCAAUCCGCCACAAAAGUCCACAUUCCCAUCCUUCGCAAUCCCGACCAUGCCGAUCCUCUUUUAUGGAGGUGUAGACGGGUAUACGCUUUGUCUACUGGAAGGCGAGAUCAGGCAAGGUGGGAUGGUCAUUACCAAUUCCUCCGAAGUCUCUGCCACGAUCAUCUCAGUCAAAGACCAACAGGGUCUCUUAUGGGUAUCGGGCAUUCAGGCCCUCCGCGGUAACGUCGAUCCAGGGGUUUUAGGUGGCGAGGUAUGCUCGAUGGCGCCGCAGAGCCAGAUCCAGCUGCAAACCACGGCCGUUGGUCGCCAGCUCAAGACCGAACCGAAGCUCGAGAUCCUCUAUCGUCCUGCUGCGGCCGAGAACGCUUCUGGGUUCGCGCGUAUGAUGUCCGUGCCCGUCCAUGUCACACUCAAUCCGGCACUGUCGCUCGGAAAUGCGGAGAUUUCGAGUGCCGACGACAAGACCUUCCACCUCUCUUUUGAUGUGGUCAAUAACCACACGUCCCCUCUGUCCUUUACGAUCAAGCUCCUUGAUCCGCUUGCUUGUGGCGACAACAAGGCCCUGCCGAGUGAUGUGCUAAUCCUGCCUGGACUGACUUUCAAAGUCUCGAUCUGCAUCAGCCGCGCCUUCUUACCCACAAAGAUCAGCGACAUCUCCCUCGAUGAUGCACGCAAGUCGUUGUAUCGAAAUGUGGUCGUGCAGUGGACAGAAGUCCUCGGAACAGUCGCGGGUGUUAGCCGUUAUGGACGCGCGACCAUGCAAGCUUUGGCUCUAACACGCGAUCAGCUCGAGACAGUAUGCAACUUCUACUUCCGCCUCGAGGCACGCUGCGAGUUCAAAGACCCGAGCCUAUUCCAUCACGAUAAGAUCGCGGUGGGCAGCGAGGUGAAGGUCCACUUUACGUUGGUGAAUAACACGAACAGAGAUUCGGAUACAGUUUACGCUAGAGUCGAGCUGCUGAAGAGCUCUGAUCCGCAAGCGCUAGCUAUCGGAGGCGAUCGUAUCAAGGUUGUGCAACCUAUUGCGUCAGGCGAGGAGGCAGAGGUAGUAUGGACGGUCGUGUCACUCCGAGCGGGAAAUAUUGAUAUAAGAGGAUGGACUACACAAGGGUUGAAUGAGACUAAGGAUGGACCGCAGGAGCUGGAGCAUACAUGGCGCGCAGAUGCUACGAUUAGAUUUCAGGCUGUUGAUCUCAGCUAG